UGCGGUUCCGCUGCUGAUCGCUUACACUCGACUUCAAGACAAGCCUUAUUCAUGUAUCUGUUUUUUUGGGGGGACUUUAAGAUCAUCUUCUGAAGAGUGGCAAGGUCCUUCAACACUUGCGGUGUUGUGAGUCGGUUGACAGUCAGUCAGUCAUCUUCUUGCCUUGUCUUGCCUCUGCAACGAACCAGGCAGCUCUCCGAACAAAAGCCAGUGAACUUGACAUUGCAGAUAGCGUACAUGCGUUGUUUUUAUCUAUACAUUUCAGUAGGCCUACAGUUUUCUCGGUGAACAGUUAAACUGUGUCCAUAGCAAUGAAUAAAUCUAAGUUAGCAAUCGGACUUUUUGUCGCAGGUACUCUGACUGCAGUGUUUGGGUUAGUUAUUUUAUUCGUUGGACCAAUCAUCAUUGACGACCAAAUAGUAAAGAACUUAGUAAUAGACCCUGAGAAUGAGGUGUCCUAUACCAUUUGGAAGGACAUCCCUGUCCCGUUCUUCAUGUCUGUCUACUUCUUCAACAUCCUCAACCCCACUGAAUUCCUGGCGGGAGAGAACCCCAUGGUGGAGCAGAGAGGACCCUACGUAUACAGGAAGCGUCUUCAGAAGCAGAACAUCACGUUCCAUCCCAACCAUACAGUGUCGUAUCUUGAAUACAGGAGCUACUUCUUUGAGCCCAGCAUGUCAGUGGGCAACGAGUCGGAUGUGGUCACCAUCCCUAACAUGCUGGUGUUGGGUGCGGCGGUGAUGAUGGAAAACAUGCCACACGCAGUGCGUCUGUUGCUCAGUGCCACCUUUAAGAGCUUUAAGGAGGGACCCUUCCUAAGCAAGUCUGUAGGGGAGCUGAUGUGGGGCUACGACAGCAAGCUGGUGGACUUCCUCAAUAAGUGGUUCCCUGGGAUGCUGCCCUCCACUGGCAAGUUUGGCCUCUUCUCUGAGUUCAACAACUCCAACACUGGUAUGUUCACCGUCCACACUGGGAAGGAUGACAUCCGGCUGAUUCACAAAGUGAACUCAUGGAACGGCUUGACCAAGUUGAUAUAUUGGAAGACGCCCCAGUGUAACAUGAUCAACGGUACAGCAGGACAAAUGUGGCCGCCCUUCAUGACCAAAGAGUCCACACUGCCGUUCUACAGUCCUGACGCCUGCAGGUCUUUGGAGCUGGUGUAUCAGCGUGAGGGGAUAAUGAAAGGGAUUCCCCUCUAUCGCUUUGUGGCUCCUAAGACUAUGUUUGCUAAUGGCUCAGACUACGCUCCCAAUGAGGGCUUCUGUCCCUGCAGACAAUCUGGCCUCCUCAACGUCAGCAGCUGUCGAUCCAACGCCCCAGUGUUCAUUUCCCAACCCCACUUCUACAAUGCUGACCCUGUGCUGCUGGACUACGUACAGGGACUUCAGCCCACUGAGGACGAACACGGACUUUUCAUAGACAUCCACCCUGAGACUGGUGUGCCUCUGAAUGUGUCUAUCCGUCUGCAGCUCAACCUGUACAUGAAGAAGGUGUCGGGUAUCACGGAAACAGGGAAGAUCUCGGAGGUUGUGAUGCCCAUGAUCUGGUUUGAGGAGAAUGGCUAUAUGGACGGUGCCAUCGUGAAAAUGUUCCACACCAACCUGGUGCUAUUGCCAAUGGUGAUGGUGUACAUGCAGUACUGUUUCCUAGGCCUGGGCCUGGCCACUGUUCUGGGAGCUGUACUACUACACUACAGUGGGAAGGUGUCGUUGAAAAAAGAUCUGUCUACAGUGAUGGAGAACCACGGGGCAACGGUUAAAGACCCAGUAAACGGCACAGAUGGACACAUUUAUCAUGAGUGACACAGAUCAUAAAAUGUGAGAGGACUGUCAUACCGGACGCCAGCGUGAGCACUUCAUCCAGCGAGCAAACCCCUCUAAUACAGGACCACAUGGACUAACACGCAUGUAGGGUGCGAGCUGCCUAGCCCAGUUCUGCAGGGCACUCUGUGCAUGUGUUUUAUUGAGACUGAUGAUCACUGGAACUCCAAAAACCACUGAUUCUCUCCUGCUAUCUAGAUCUCUCUCUCUCUCUCUCUCUCUCAGCUAUAAACUCUCUCACCUGGUACAUUUCUCACCUGGUCCUGCAUCUGCUCCGGGAGACUUUGGAGACCUUCAUUCUGUUCAGUACUCACCGGUCAACAGGGAAGGGCAGGACCACCCCGGUUGGUUCUGCUCUCGGUUGGUGUCCCAUCCAAUCCUCCAAUGAGGAUCCACUAUUGGAAUACAUCACCGCAUCCUCAGUCGCUGUUAUGUGAAUCCUUCCUUCGUGUCUGUUUUGUCCUUCCAGUUCCUCCGAUGUUUUAACAACUUAUUAUCAUGUGUUUUUACUAUUCCUGAAAUGCCAUUCGGAAACCACACCACUCGAUCUGUAUUGUCCUGCUUUCCUCUCCUCUGGUGUGUGUGUGUAGAAGUUGCCUGUAUGCACAGACCUAGGAUCAGAUAAUCCUGCCCUUAGCCUGUUAGGGGAAGAAAUGGAAUAGUGACCCAAAAUCGGCACCUAAAAGCGACAUCAUUCUACAAUAUCUCACCAGAACAACGAGUCAAUAAGUGAACUUGUUUCUGGGGUAAAUUCCAGUCAAUUCAGGAAGUAGACUGAAAUUCCAACUAUCUUCCAUGCUUUUCAAUUAGGGAAACUGGAAUUUGGUUUACUCUCUGACUUGACUGGCAUUUAAGUGGGAUUUACCCCCAACUCGGGGACGAAGGCUUACCCACUCAGGCUGCUCCAAAAAAUCAUGACUUGUCGGUGUUCCACAUGGGGUAUUAUUUGUUUUUUUACCUAAGCACAGUACUUGACUUGGGCAGGAGCUCACUGGAACUGAGUACCGGCAACUCAAAUGUUCUUCUGCUUGAAUUCCUGCACCUCCUAUUGAGUAUUAACUCCAAAGUAUUAAGGAGUUCUUACACUUAAAUACAAACUUUACCAGCACCCAAAAUGAGUACCGGAAAGUCGAACACUUGCCUAAACAUGUCUACACCAUCAGAUAGAAUUCAUAGCAAACCGAAGGAAGGGUGUGUGAAAACAAAAGGGAUAUAUAUUUACAAUACAUUCUAUUUGGCAGAUGUCCUUGCGUGUCCUGAAAGGCAUCUUACAUAAAAUCUAUUUAAUUUAAUAAUGAAUUAUUUACUGGGGAAAUCAAAAAAAAGAAACUGCCAGCUUACCAAUUUCAAAAUAAUUGGGAGGGUUCUUGUAUGUGUCACUUCACACUGAUACCAUGUGCAGUAAACCGUAGCAGUAGCUGUGUAGGCUAGACUGUAGGAUACUCACCGUGAGCCAGCGGGAACUCACUAGCCAACAACGCUCACUGUUUACUUUUUUUUUUUUUUUUUU